AAACGCGGAAGAUGGUGCCUCGCACAACAUUUCGCUCUUUGGACCCGGUACGGUGUAUGCAGCGCCAAUCGUCCUCGCUGUUUGUGCGGUUCUGGGAACUGAGCAUCAACCCCUUGUUGUUUGGCUUAUUUGUACGAUGUUAAUGAGUUGCCUGGCUUUUAUCAUUGCUUAUAGGUUCGUUAGUAAAGUUACUAGUAAUGUCAGAUUGUUUGAGCAUGACGCGGCGAGAUGAAAUGUAACCUGCAUCGUUACAUCACGUCAUAUGUCGGCAUAUCAUCCUGUUUACUGCCGGCGAAACGGUUGUUUAUGACAAAUUUGCUUUGCAGCUUCCAUGUUUGAGCUAGUACUAUCCUCAGCAUCUGUUGACCACCACUGGCUAACCUGCCGACAGCCAUAAACUGAGUGAAAAUGGUGUAUGCAUUCAUCAUUCAUACGCUGAACCCAUCAGUAGAAGCUGAAGCCUGCCGUGUACUCUAUGCUUGUACAUUUGGCUCUGAAGACUCUCUGGAUGACCCAGCAGAGCUGCCACUGAGCAGCAACACGUCCGACCAGGUGAUUGACCGGAGAACCUUCAAGAAAGAACAGCUGGCUCUCGUGGGCCGACAGGUCCAGUCAGAGUACUCGUUCCGAAGGUCAGCCUGCUCCAGGGACCAGUCAGAGCAGGUUGCCGGUGGGCUUUCCCUUGCGGUGUCCCUAGACGAUGCCGGCCAAUGGGAUGUGGGAUUUUUCCGGCUGCUUGCAGGCGACCCGUUCCGGAUGGAAAAGGUAGUCGUCUGGCUGGGACUGGCAAACAUUGGGCUCGCCCUGGUCUGCGAGAGGAGCGAGAACCGUCUCCUGGCAGAGAGCACACUCAAGCUGCUGUUGAGGUACCUCCAGGAACAUGUGCAAGCAGCCACACAGCCGGCCGAAUUGCUGACCAGAGGAGACCGCGUGGCAAUCAUCGUGCACCAGUUCCUCCCCAGCGGCCGGCUGGUGUUCAUGAACUACGCUGUGAUAAGACAACUGGAAAAGGACAUGGAAAACUUGCUUCGUGGAAAGUGAAUGGUGGAAAAGUCUACACUUCAACACAAACCCAGACUGCCUAAUUCUCUCCCAGGCCUGCAGUUUUUCCUCAGAUCAGCUGACCAUUAUAAAAAUUUGAUUUAAAAACACCAUGCUAGGUCUAGAAUGCCCUCCAUUGUUACAUCUGAAGUCCAAGUUUCAUGCCUGUUCACCCUCCUAGAUCCUUCAGCAUCCAACAGAAUGUUUGGCAAGAUUUUGCAGGAAUUAGGGGUAUAGAGCACCCAGCCACAGUUACUCUACAUACAUGACAUAGGGCUUGAUGCAGUGGCGUAGCUAGGAUUUUACUGGGGGGGGAGGGGUACAAAGGCACACCAGCAUCUUAAAGGGGGCACCAGCUUUCAGUGGUGUGGUUUUUUGGGCAAGUUUUUGUCGGCCUUGUUCUAUAUCCAUUCCUCUGUUUUUUUGGGGGGGGCCACCAGGAAUUUAUGGGGGGGCACGUGCCAUGUGCCUCCAUGGCUAUGCCACUGGCCCCUUGACAGUUCAACUUCAAGUACAAAGAAUGUUCCGUGGGUUUUCUGCACCGUGGAGGAUGUUGAAGGACUGAGGAAAGUUUGGCACAGAGACAGAUGUAGCAGACGUGAACCGCGUUGCCCAAGAUUGUAACCAGGGUCUGAACUCGGUAGCAGUGUCUCUCAGCAAACUUAUGCCUUGAGUGCAACUCAUUUGGCAACCAGUCCUUUGCAGUAGUCACCGCGUGGUAUUUUUGGCUGGUGUUAACAUUCUGCUUUUGUUUUUUUCAUGAAGUAGCAUUUCCAUGCAAUUGGCUUCGGAUUUAACAACCCAAAACCUGGAAACUCCAAGAUUUAUUCAGAGUCGAAAAAUAUUUGAAGGGGGGAAAAGUUGACAUUGUGUUUUAGAAAGCUCCAACAAUUUCGUCCAAGUUUACGUUCAUUAGCAAGAUAUCAUUAUAAUUAUUGUUAUGCACAUGUGUCAUAAUUCCUUUUGUUACGGGUGGGAGGAGUUGAUGGCUAAGGAUGUUGAGGGCGUGAGACAUAGUGUAUCAAGAUUCAGUUGAUCAGUAAUUUAAUAUCCUUGCCCCAUUGUGGAUUUAAAGCUUCAAAAUUGAAUAUUCUAUCUCUGCCAUAAACCAAGAUGAUUGUCGAAAUCAAGAUACGUGUGCUUGACAAACAAAAAUCCAUGGAAAUUUAUAAUUCUUGACAGUUGCUAAUAAUGUAUGGGGACUUUGGGUGUCAUGCCGAUAUUGAUUUCAUGACACCUGAUAUUUUGAAUUAUCUUGUAACUUUUGUAUCAUGCUCAGUAGAAUUUAAUGCAAAACUUGACAAGCCAAGAUAUCAUGUUUAUCGCUUCAACAAGUAAUGGUUAAAUGUUGCAAAAAUAGUAUGUAGUUUCUCAUUCCUUGUAUUCAUUUUGUGGUUAAAUAACUAUAACAAAAAGUCAA